AUGCGUAGGCAAUUGUGGUUAGAUCUGGAGCUGUUGAUAUCUUCUUUGGUUCCUUGGUCUGUGAUGGGGGAUUUCAAUGUGACCCUGCUCUCUCAUGAGAAAAGAGGUCCUGGUAAGUUUAAUCUUGGAUCGGCUGCUGAAUUCCAGGCAAUGAUUGAUGCGUGUGAAUUUCUCUCUAUCCCUUCUCAGGGAAAGAAAUUCACUUGGACUAACAAUCGUCGAAGGGGUCAUGCAGUUGCAGUGUUAGAUCGGAAUUUUUGUGAUGAGAAGUGGAUAGACGUGUUUAGAAAUGUGAAGCAAGGUCUAUUGUUGUCUUCGGUAUCAGAUCAUGCCCCUCUAUUUGUUGUCUCUGAUGUUGUUCAAAGGCCUACAAAUAUCCCCUUCAGAUUCCAUAGCUUUUGGAUGGAAAAUGAUCAAUUUAUCUCCGUGGCUGAGGAAGCUUGGAAAACUCAGAUAGUAGGUGAUCCAAUUGUCGUUUUGGCACAGAAAUUAAAGCAGGUCAAGGAGAAUUUAAAGGUUUGGGGGAGGGCUACCUUUCCUAACCUGAAUGAUGAGGUCGACAAAGCAAAGCUGAAAUUAAAGAAGGUUCAAGACAUGAUAGAGGUGGCUGGGAUGAACGAUGAAUUAUUUAACAGAGAGGCAGAUGCAAAAACAGUAUUAUUGAAGGUCAACCAAAUGUACGAGAAGUUGUGGGCUGAAAAAGCUAAACUGAGAUGGAUGAAAAAUGGAGACUGUAACUCGAAAAUUUUUCAUCUCUCAGUGAAGCUUAGGAGGGUGUUGGAGGAGGAGGACGUGGCAGGAUUGGAGAUUGCCCUGAGUGGGGAUGAAAUAAAACAAGCGGUUUGGGAUUUAGAUCCUGUAAGCUCUCCAAGUCCUGAUGGGUUCCCAGGCAGCUUCUUCAGGCGAUGUUGGGCCAUUGUUGAGGGUGAUUUUUGUAGGGCAGUGAAAAAUUUCUUUGAGAAAGGGUGGCUUCCUAAAGGAAUAAACAAUUGUUUUAUUUCCUUGAUCCCCAAAGUUGAGGGUGCGGCCUCUCUUGAUAGGUUUCGAACUAUAUGUAUGGGAAACUUCUAUUGCAAAGUGAUAUCAAAAAUAUUAUCUUCAAGAUUACUUGUUGUUUUGCCUAAAUUGGUCUCGGAAGAGCAAGGCGCUUUCCAGCAGGGUAAAAUAAUUUCGGCAAAUAUCAGCCUCGCAUCAGAACUGUCAAAUUUGAUGCACUCUUCGGUUAGGGGUGGUGGAAUGGGGCUGAAGCUCGAUGUUCAAAAGGCAUAUGACUCUCUAGCUUGGGAAUUCCUCUUUGCAGUUAUGUGCAAAUUUGGGUUCUCCUCUAGGUGGAUUUGUCGGAUUCACAACCUUCUACUAUCUUCCCGAAUAUCUAUCUUGGUGAAUGGUGGCCCAGUUGGGUUCUUUGGGGUUGGUAGAGGUCUCCAGCAAGGAGAUCCUUUGUCUCCCUUCUUAUUUAUUCUGGCAGAAGAGGUUCUCUGUAAAGGUCUUAGAAGUCUAGCAAAGGAUGGUUUGAUAAAAUCUCUUCCUGGUGCUCGAGGGAAGAAGAUACUGGUGAAGUGGGAUGAGGUUGAUGGUUCGCUGAAAACUUCCUACCUUUCCUCUUCGAUAUGGCCUGGUCUUAAAAAGGUGUGGAGGUGGGUAGAGUCUCAUGAGCAAUGGACUGUUGGGAAUGGUCAGAGGAUAAUUUUUUGGAAAGAUAGUUGGCUAGGAAAGAAGCCUAUUGAGGAGUUGUAUGGCCUGCAGUUAGGUCUCUUUGAUUCGAUGCAAGCAAAGGUUUCCGAUUUCAUUUGCCAAGAUGAGUGGAAUUUUCCCCAGGUGCGGAGAAGGCCUCGGGAAAUCCUCAAUAUUUUCUGGUGCCCUCCUAAUUCAGAUUGGAUAAAACUCAAUUCGGACGGUUGCUCUAUUGGUAAUCCAAGGAAGUCUGGAGCAGGGGGAAUCCUUCGCAAUGAAAAGGCAGAGGUAGUGGCAAAUUACAGAAAUUUUCUAGGAACUCGCAAAAAUUUCGAGGCUGAAUUUCUGGCACUUAUGAUAGGGAUUGAAUUAGCUAAGCAGCACAAUGUGAAACGGCUAUGGAUAGAAUGUGAUUCAGUUGCAGUUGUGACUAAUUUUCAGAAGAGGCAAAGUCCGUGGAUAGGUCAGCAAAGAUAG